AUGCCUAAGUCAAAGGAAAUCGUGUCUUCAAGCUCAUCUGCCAGUGAUUCAGAUAGUGAAGUUGACAAAAAGGCAAAGCGGACAAAGCAAGCAGCUCCAGAAAAGCCUGUAAAGAAACAAAAGACGGGUGAAAGUUCAAAAGGUGCAGGUUCUUCUAAUCAAAGCAGUAACAGAGAUGAGAGUAUGUUUCAGAUUGGCAAAAUGAGAUAUGUCAGUGUUCGUGACUUUAAAGGGAAAGUUUUAAUUGAUAUUAGAGAAUAUUGGAUCGAUCAAGAAGGUGAAAUGAAGCCUGGCAGAAAAGGUAUUUCUUUAAAUCCAGAACAGUGGAACCAGCUGAAGGAACAGAUUUCUGAUAUUGAUGAUGCAGUAAGAAAACUGUAA